AUGGGGGCCCUGCUGCCCCUCUUCCUCCUUCUGACCCUCCUCGGCAGCUCACGUGGGACAGGGCCAGGAAUGACUUUGCAGCUGAAGCUGAAGGAUUCCUUUCUGGCAAAUUCUACCUAUGAUUCCAGCUUCCAGGAGUUGCUUGAGAAGCUCUGCCUCCUCCUCCACCUCCCAUCCGGGACCAACGUCACCCUGCGUCACUCAAGGUCCCCACACCACGUCAUCUGUAAAGUCUGAGAGCAACAGCAGCCCGCACCUCUUUGGCCCCUGGGGUCUGGGGACAGUAAAUG